AUGAAUCUCAAUGAAGAACACUCUGAAGAUUUUGAUGUACUUCUUUAUUGGAGGUUUAAUGAGAAAAAAUUUCCUAUCUUCUCCAUAAUGGCACAUGAUGUGCUUCGCAUUCCUAUUACGACUGUAGGAUCUGAGUCUUCUUUCAAUAUCAAUGGACGUGCUCUUACCAAAUAUAGAAGUUCUACUCUUCCAGAACACAUUCAAAUGUUGAUUUGUACUCGGAGUUGGUUGCAUGUAUUUUUUGAAAAUAUGAAUGAUGAGGAAGAUAUCAACACUAAUAAUGAAGGCAACUAUGAGGUGACAAUGACUUAA